AAAAGGUCGAUUUCUCUCCAACCGCGGGAACCGGUCCCCGUAAGUGAUACUCUUAUCUGUUGGAAUCAAUGCUAUCGAAAGAAUUUUGCGAUAUUAUAUGCGGCCUGAUCCGAUUACUUAACGUUCAAAGGUGUAUGGCUAUGCCACUCCAAGGAGCACCGGAUCUCAAGGGUUGAAUUUAUAUUUUCGAGAUGAGUAGAUUAAGUGGAAAGAAGCUGCUUCAGAGGAACCAUAAUUCGGAGCCAUGAAGUGUAGCCAGAGGAAAUGACAUGGAACAGAUUGUUGUGUGCAGAAUAUGAAAUCCUUUCAUAAACCGAUCACGUUCGUAGUGUCGUAGGAGUCAUCCUUUUAUAUACCAACCGUUUUACCGGUGGAACGAAGUGAAUCAAUGAGGAGGUCGAAUCACGCCGUCAAGAUGGAAUAUUUAAGUGAUCAAUUUCAUAGCAUGUGAUUUCUUUACUGUGCGGAUAGAUGGACGGUGAAGCAGGAAGUGAGAUUUCAUCAAAAUUCUUUGUAAACAAGUCUAGAGUGAAAAGUUGCUUGAUAUGUGAAUAUGCAAAUUGAAGAAGCAACCAUUUCUGUUGGUGUUCGUCUAACGCUUUUUCACUUUACUCGCAUCAUGUGGAGCUCAUUGAAAUGAUGCAAUAUAACUUCACUCAGCUGUGAAAUCACGUUUUCCCAAUUAGCGAAGACAGAAGAAAAGUGGUUACUGAAACAUGAAUAAUUGAAGAUCAACAGUAGAUUAUGGCAAAACGCUGCAAAUGCAAACGAGAACUGACACAGUGAAUGCCUGAGGCCAAUCCAAAUGCCGAUACAUCAAUAGGACUGAAACAUCAUCAUUAUCACAUGAAAAUUAUGUAAUGGGGAAACAUGAUUCUAGUAUCGCUACCCAGAGGAAAAGCAUAAUGUUAGAAGAAAAGAUGAACGUGACAGAAGUAGGUCAGCUGGUGAUGAACGGAACUGAUUCUUUCAAUGCCGUCACCACCGAAGCCAAUAAUAGUGCGAUACGUGAACUUCUCUUUUGUGGCCAAGGACUGGACGACUUUCACACAGGCUACUCAAAAAUCCACGGGAUCGUUUGUCUUCUGGUGUGCAUCUUUGGUAGUAUAGCAAACGUAUUGAACGUUAUGGUUCUAACGAGACGAGAGAUGCGUUCGCCAACUAAUACCAUCUUAACAGGAUUAGCGAUUGCCGAUUUGCUGGUGAUGCUUGAUUAUUUGCCCUAUGCCGUCUACACGAGCCCAUAUACAAAAUUUUCCCGAGAGGAACGAUUAACCUAUAGCUGGAGUUGGUACGUCAUUUUCCAUUCAAUUUUUGCGCAAAUUUGCCACACUAUAUCAAUUUGGCUGACAGUGACUUUAGCUGUAUGGCGGUACAUUGCAGUAGCAUACCCACAAAGAAAUCGCAUAUGGUGUGGCAUGGCAAACACUUUAAUCGCAAUCACCAGCUCAUAUAUAGUCUGUCCAUUGCUGGGAAUACCGCUCUAUCUGACAUUUAGCAUAAAAGCACAUGUAGAACUGUUAGGAAACGAUGGAAAUCCUUACAAAGCGAUUAGUAAUGGUCCAGCAAGAAAUGUUACCCUCUACAGAACACUUCCCUCCGAACUAGCAGAGAGAAGCCCAGUGAUGCUGAAUGUGAACUUCUGGAUAUACAGCGUGGUGAUAAAACUGAUUCCAUGUAUCGCACUUACGAUACUUAGCCUGCGCUUAAUUGCUGCAUUGCUGGAAGCGAAACACCGUAGGAAACAGCUCACGGGUAAUUCGAAUUGUAUGAAGCAAAUUGUUGACGGACGAGUCGUCGAUGUGGAUCAAAGGAAAAACUGCAAACACAUGGACAAGGAAAAGCAAACGGACCGCACUACUCGAAUGCUACUGGCGGUUUUGUUACUUUUCCUAAUCACAGAAUUUCCACAAGGAAUUCUAGGACUGUUGAGCGCACUGCUGGGCAAGCACUUCUUCUAUAAUUGCUAUUUGAAGCUUGGCGACCUAAUGGACGUUCUUGCUCUGAUAAACUCUGCCAUAAAUUUCAUCCUUUACUGCUCUAUGAGUAGGCAGUUUAGAAACACUUUUAAUUACUUGUUCCGUCCGAAAUGUCUUGAUAAAUGGAAGCCAGUACCGCAAAACGACGAAGCAACUCCAACGGGACGACGCAAUCAAGAAGGUGCCACCACCCAAAUCACUCAAAUCUAGCAAUCCGUGGGGCGCCCAGACAACCGCCAUCGAGAGAGGGUUUUUAACUGGAUCUUUUUCAACGAAAAACAUGCAAUUUCUCCGACGAAGUGUGCAGUGCUUUAGCGGCGUCUCCUGGCAACCAAAUGAUGAAAGACGAUGGACUUGAACUGGAAAUUACGAUGACUCAAUUAACAUCAAUCGUACCAUUUUGAUUACGGACGCAAACACGUGUAGAAACCAAUGGAAAGCAGAAAACCGCAAACUGUUCAAUUAAACCGGUCUGAUACUACCUCGGAUUCAAACAACGUUAUUUUCUGCGAUAACAAUUCGUAUGGAAAAAUCCCCAGGCUUCAAUCGUACAAUAUAUUCCUUUCUGAAAUUGGUAGGCUUUUCCUUAUACUAGUUUCGGAAGUAAGCAUCCGUUUCACGAAUCUUAUAUUUUACCAUUGAAUAGACAAGAGGCUUACUAUAAAGUUCGUGCUUUUGAUUACAAAUGAAACCGUUAAAUGUUCAUAUAUUAAUACCAAAGGUUUUCUAAUAAACCAUACAAAAUAACUUGUUGUUAUUGUAACGGUAAGCU